AUGCGCAAUGGUGGCGAUUACCUAGAACAGGACUACAGCAAGGCUCUGCAAUGGUAUCUCAAAGCAAGCGAUGCUGGAAAUGCCAGUGCCAUGUUCAACAUCGGCUUCAUGUACGACGAUGGUCGAGGUGUUGAGCAGGACGCCGGCAAGGCCAUGGAUUGGUGUCUCAAAGCAAGCGAUUCUGGAGAUGCACGUGCCAUGUUCAACAUCGGUUUCAUGUACCGUAUUGGUCGAGGUGUUGAGCAGGACGACGGCAAGGCUAUGGAGUGGUAUACUAAGGCGCGCAGUGCCGAAUUAGCAGGUGUUACCGCUUGA